AUGCGUUUCUCUGUGAUAUUGGCGCUUCUCUUCAGCGCCACGGAAGCACGCGCCCAACCGCCAGACGAGACAGCCUGCGUGUCGGCGUGUCGCAGUUCGUUCCAGAGAGUGGCCUUUGUCGACGGCGACCCGCAUGCUUCGUUCUAUGGCAAGUCGUGCCAAUCACGGCUCAACACGCAGUCGCUAUAUAUCUGCCUGGACCUCUACUGUGGCACGUACAACGUCGACAAACUGAACGCCACGUGCGUGGAAGAGUAUGGGGAGGGCCUGUUGCCGCACAGCAUCGUGGAUGGGAUGGACGAGGACGACAUUGCGGCGGUGACGAGGUUCAACGAGACGACCUUUGCCUUUGGGUCGAAAGUGGAUGGGUUGCUCCUGGUGGACGAGGGCUCUUUCAAGAGGUGGCUGGACACAAUCGAGUCGUUGAAUCAUGCGCACUACUACCAUUCGGCGUAUGGCUGGGCCAUGGGGUAUUUUUGGCUCGUCGUUGUGGCCAUUGCCAUGGUGAGCCGGGCCAUCGACGUCUGUGAAGCAAGAAGAGGCGCCUUUCCGAGGCAGGGGUCGAUGAGGAGAUGGCUGAAGCGCAACGUCCAAACACCCUCCACUCUAGGCAGGAGAUGUGCGCAGGACUACGGCGGCUGGGCGACGGUGCCUCCAAGGAUCCAGUCGCUGACCAUCGGGGCAUUCGUCGUGCUGAACGUGUGGUGUAGUGUGCACGGGUACAAGAUUGUCCCGCACAAUAUUUACUGGCCGACUGUCAGCGGACAAGUGCUGCGCUACGUGUCAGACCGCACGGGCAUCAUCUCCUUUGCCAAUUUCCCCCUGCUGUGGCUCUUUGGCAUGAGGAACAAUGUCGUCCUCUGGCUGACGGGGUGGGACUUUGGCACGAGCAACAACUUCCAUCGAUGGGUGGCGCGCGUGGCCACCGUCCAGGCUGUUGUGCAUAGUGCAGGCUACACGGCGAAGAUUUUGCAAGAUGGAGGCUGGGCGUACUUUGCGUCGUGGUUGACACGGCUAUUCUGGUGCGCAGGGGAGAUGGCCACGAUAGCUAUGUGUGCCAUCUUAGGCCUCUCCUUCUACUGGUUUCGGCGUCAAAACUAUGAGCGCUUCCUCGUGUUGCACGUCGGCCUCUCUGUUCUGGUCCUCAUCACCAUGCUGCUGCAUGUCUCGAUCUUUAACGGCGAGUAUGAUGCCUUGUUUUGGGUUCCCCUCGGCAUCUGGGUUCUUGACCGGGUCCUCCGUCUUGCAAGGGUUCUCUUGUUCAGUUACACGUUCUACACGCAGGCGGAUGUCUGGUACAACGACGCUGCGGAUAUGGUUAGGAUAGAGGUGCCGCUCGAGAAGAGCUGGUAUGGCGUUCGACCGGGAACGUAUUACUACCUUUCUGUGCUGGAUGACGCCUGCUUCUGGGAAAGCCACCCUUUUACGGUGGCGAGCGUGACGUUAGCAGGGGAUGAGAAGCGCCCAGGGUUGCUGGAGACAGGGGAGUCGUCACCUCUGCUGAGUGCUGCCAAUGACGACGGCUUCACCUCUGGGGUGAAGAACGUCCGGGGAGACUUUGUCACCUUUCUGGUCCGUCCGUACGACUCGUUCACAGGCAGGUUGAAGAGACGGGCGGAGAUGGCGAGUCCCAAGAGUGUCAAGCUAAAGUUAGUCGUGGACGGACCGUAUGGCGGCACGCUGCCUCUGGAGAAGUUCGACGAGGUCGUGUUUGUCGUGGGAGGAAGCGGCAUCGUCGUGCCCAUCUCGUAUCUGGAAGUGCUCGUCGCUUCUAUGGAAGGGAAGAGAGCGAGCAAGGUUGCGAUUCACUGGGCCGUUCGACAGGCUGGAUUUGCCACCGAGGUGUUGCAACGUGAUCUCCUGGCGGCCGCCACGAGCUCCAACAUCUCACUGAGUGUCUACCAUACCGGCAGCGACAGCACCACACGACUCGAGUCAGAUCCUGUCGCAUGGUACAAUGCGCGGAUCAACGCGACGAGGACUGUCGAGGAGGCACUGGCUGCUGGCGAGGGGAGCAUUGUGGUUGUGGCGUGUGGGCCUGCGCGGAUGGCAGAUGCAGCGAGGCAGGCGACUGUCAAGGGCAUGGGGCGGAGUGAUAGACGGAUAGAGUACUUUAAGGAGAGUUUCCAGUGGUAG